AAAGAAGAGUUUGCGCUGCCCGGCCAUCCCCGUGUUCAGUUGGUCCUUUUACGCACCCAGUGACAGAGUUAUCUUCCAUAAUCCUCGCUCAGCUUCGUCCACAAGGGGAUAGAACCGCCGGUGAUAUUUUUCUUGGUCAUGCCGAGCUUCAGCGACAGCAGCAGCGAACAGGCGAGCAUACUCGAUUUCGCCGAUGUGGACCUCUGCAGUAAAGCCAACGUCACCAAAGUGAGCAACGGCCAGGAGGACAAGCAAGUUCGACUGCGGCUCAGUUUGGACGAAAUUUGCCACCGAACUAAUUUCACCCGCAAAGAAGUCCGAGCUUUUUAUCGAACUUUGAAACAGGAAUGUCCACUCGGAGUGGUGACCGAAGAAACCUUGCGGGACGCCUAUCACCGCCUUUUCCCCAACGGAAACGUAGGAAUGUACGUGAAAUAUGUUUUCCGCACCUUGGAUACCCAGGGCAACGGCAAAAUUACUUUCACGCAAUUACUCGUGUUCCUGUCGACCAUCAGCAAAGGAACUCAUCUUGAUCGUUUGAAAUGGAUAUUCCGCUUGUACGACCUCGACGGGGACGGGGCGAUUCAGCAUUCCGAACUAUUAAAUUUGUGCUGUGCAAUUCACGAGCUGGCGGGAACAACGGAAAAAAGAAUCUUUCACGAAAGUAAGAAAUCCGGGAAGGAAGAAAUGUUCAGCGAAAGCGAAAAAGACAGAAAAUUCCGCCAGAUCAAACUCUGGGUCGAUAAAGUCUUUAGGCGAUGGGAUUCUAAUCAAGACGGCCAGGUAACACUCGAGGAAUUCCUAGCAAGUUAUUCAAAUGACGAUCUCCUUGAAACUUCGCUUCAUUAUUUUGAUGACUUAUAGAAUAAUUUAACUAAUCUUAAAAGGAAUCUCAGCAUUGUCGUGUGUAACAUACUUGAAUGAAGAUCUGAAACUAGGACUGAAUGAAAUUGAAAACAAUAAGACGACUCCUAAAUGUAGGCCCUAAUUCAAAAUUGAAUUGAAUAGACCUCGAAAACAGAGUGAUGAGAAG